AUGGUUGGUUCGUAUCAUAUCAAUUACCCUCCCGUCGAUGGAUCCCUGUUCCUCCCUGAAUUGCUGGAAUUCAAUGCGCAACAUAACUCGGACGCUACUUUCUUUGUCUACGACAAACCUGACAGCAAUGACCUAGUCUCUAUCUCACACUCACACUUCUAUCGAGCUUGCCAUCGGGCCGCCCAUGCGAUUAGGCCAGCCUCCACAGGCGCAGACAAAGAAGUUGUCGCCCUCAUUGCGAAUUCCGACACCCUUCUUUACCAGACAGUAUUCAUGGGCAUAAUCUUCGCUGGGCUAGUUCCAUUCCCCAUGUCCCCUCGUAAUUCGGCGGCGGCAGUCAUGAGCAUGAUGCAGAAAACAGGAUGCCGUCGUAUAAUCACGACUCAGCACUCUCUUGCUUCCUUGAUUGACGAAGUCAAAGCGGGUCUUGUGUCUGACACUCAAACGAGCCAGCUGCAGAUCGACGAGAUUCCGGCGUUGAAUCACCUGUACCCCGGGCUCGUUAGUGGUACUACUACCGCAGAUGAGGCCAUUGUCCCGUACUCUUCCCCAGGUUUACGGUCGUCUAAGGACGAUGUAUUAUUCUACCUGCACUCCUCUGGCAGCACUGGCUUCCCCAAACCUAUUCCGAUAGGUAACCUGACUGCCAUCCACUGGUGCACCACGCCAUCUAUUCUCGAGCUCAGAGACGUUCCCAUUCAUAUCCGCAUCAAUGCUGCGUCCUUGCCAUCAUUCCAUACACUUGGUAUAAAUUUUCAGCUGUUCGCCCCCAUCGCCACCCUGAGCAGUGUGUCGAUUUAUCCGCCUACAUCCUUCCUCGAUCCAUUGGCGGCCCCUGUAAUACCCAACUCGCAAAACAUCUUGGAUUCUAUACUCAAGACGAAAUCGAAUGCUAUGAUAGUCGUGCCUGCCUUUCUGGAACAAUGGGCAUUUUCGCCGAGUGCUAUCGAUAUUUUGAAGACACUCGAAUAUAUUGCUUAUGGUGGUGGUCCUCUUGCGCCUAAAAUGGGAAAUACCCUGGUGAAUGCAGGGGUCAAAGUUUCUUGUGGUUACGGCGCUACAGAAAUUGGUAUCGUCACUUAUUCCUUCCGAAAUUCGGCAGAGCAAAAGUUAUGGGAGUGGGUGCGAUUUGGACCAAAUUCCAAGAUCAGAUGGGAUCCACAGGGCGAUGAUACAUACGAAUGUCAAGUUUUGACAACCCCGACGCAUAAAGUGUCGGUAGAGAACCUUCCGGACGUCAAGGGUUAUGCUACUUCGGAUGUAUUUAUCAAGCACCCGACAAUAGAGGGCUUGUGGAAGAUCGUAGGAAGAAUCGACGACGUGCUAGUACUCUCAUCUGGGGAGAAGACAGUACCAGCUCCCAUGGAAAGCACCAUCUGCGCUAACCCCUACGUAAACGGCGCGGUCCUCUUCGGCCGUGGGCGCAAUCAAGUUGGGAUCCUCAUAGAGCCACGAGUAGGGUGUGAAAUUGACGUUCAUGACGGAAAACAGCUUGCUGAGUUUAGGAACCGAGUGUGGCCGGACGUAGAGGAAGCGAAUAACGAGGCUCCUGCCUUCAGCAGGAUCUUCAAAGAGAUGAUUCUUGUGACAAGCAGUGAGAGGCCUAUGCCCCGAGCUGGAAAAGGGACCGUCAACAAGAAAGCAACCGUCAAGCUGUAUGAGGAGGAGAUCGAUGCCCUAUAUGAAACGGUAGAGGGUAGCGCUAAAGCAGGAAUUGAUGUACCUUUGCCUACAAGCUGGACUGCGGAAGAUGUCGAGGAAUGGCUUAAGAUCCACGCUGCUGCUGUAAACGCCGACAAGGCAGUUGAUCCUGAUGCAGACCUUUUUUCUCAGGGCUUCGACAGCCUCUCUGCGACAUUCCUCAAAAACCGCAUUAUAGGCUCUCUCAGCUCGUCUUCGGAUCCUGAUGUUCAGGCAUCAGCAUCGCGGAUUGACCAGAACAUCAUAUUCUCGAGUCCUUCGAUUCGCCGGCUCGCGAGAAGCGUCAUUAAUACAGUACUGCAGCAGAAUGGUACCAGUACCGUCGAUCCCAAGACUGAUAUCGAGAACACGAUCGAGCGGUAUUCAGUCGGAUUGGCGAACUCUGCCACAGAGGCCAACACCACUCUUGCGAAUCGGUGCAGCCAAAGUGAUCACGUGGUUGUUCUGACCGGGUCUACGGGUGGUCUUGGAUCAUACCUGCUUGCAGAUCUGCUUCAACACGAGGACGUGUCUGUGGUGUAUGCCUUCAAUCGCCCGUCAAGGGGGGCAUCCAUUCAAGAACGACAAGAAUAUUCGUUCAAAGAUCGCGGUUUAGAUUUUACCCUGCUUCAGUCAGACAAGCUGGUGUAUAUAGAAACUGAUACAUCCGAUGAUCACCUAGGUUUGGAUAAGGAGUUAUUUCAGAAGAUCCGCACGUCUGUCACCGUCAUCAUUCACAACGCUUGGCGGCUCGACUUUAACCUGGCGCUAUCGUCGUUCGACUCUCAUUUGCGGGGAAUGCGGAAUCUUAUAGACUUGGCUCUAUCUUCUCCGCGUCAUCCAAAGCCGCGUUUCAUGUUCGCAUCUUCCAUCUCAUCUGCUCAAAGUUGGGGUAGAGCGAAAGGCCCAUUCCCUGAAGAAGUGGAAUACGACGCAGGGAUCGCAGUGGGUCUUGGCUAUGGCGCGAGCAAGUAUGUUUCGGAAAGGGUUCUCGUCAACAGCAAGUUACCGGCAACAUCAUUCAGAAUUGGACAAGUAUCAGGGGGACCCCCGCGAGGAGCUUGGUCCACGACGAACUGGGUGCCGAUCUUCGUCAAAUCCAGUGUUAGUCUAGGCGCGCUUCCGGAAGCCCAAGGAUUUUUGUCUUGGAUCCCUCCCCACGCGAUAUCAAAUGCCAUUCUUGAUGUAGCUUUUGCGGCAGAAGAACCUCCCAUCGUGGUGAAUCUGGUGCAUCCGAGACCGACUGCGUGGAAGACGUUGAUACAGCCCAUUGCGAACGCCAUGGUCGAGCAUAAAAUCACAAGUUCCCCGCUACCUUUUGUGCCAUUCUCGGAGUGGCUCGAGAGGCUCGAGUCAAGUGCCAAGGACGUGAGCGAAGAGACCAUGAAGCGCAUCCCUGCUAUCAAGCUUCUCGACUUCAUGCGUUCCAUGGCUCAUUCAGACGUCGCGAUCAGGGCGUCUGGAGUGAUGGACACCGAAGCGGGUGGCAUGACCUUAUUCGCCACCGCCGUAGCUGAGCGCGCCAGUCCAACGAUGAGAGAUCUGAAACCGCUGUCUUCAGGGGACGCGGCACAGUGGGUGGAUUAUUGGGUGGAAAUGGGGAUGUUUCAAUGA